AUGUCUUUUCAACUUUCAUUCAGAUCACAAUCAGUCUCAAACCAUGAUUCAACAUUGCCACAAAGAAUAUCAGAAGAACCAUUACCAACCAAAACAGCACAAAGCACAGUUACAUGCAUCUACCAAGCCAGCAUUGCAAACCAAUGGAGACAUAUAUCAGUCUUAUGGUGCAAAAACCUUAUGAACCAUACAUUAAACCUCAAAAUCGACAGCGCGAGAGGCAAUCAUUUUCUUUACAAUUGCAAAAUUGAUGUUAAGCCAUGGUACUUUUGGAACAAGAAAGGCUACAAGUCAUUGGAGGUUGACGGAUAUCAAAUCGAUGUGUAUUGGGAUCUAAGAUCGGCUAAAUUCUGUGGCAGUUGUCCUGAACCGUAUGGCGAUUACUAUGUUUCUUUAGUUUGCGACGACGAGGUUGUUUUGUUGUUGGGAGAUUACAAGAAAAAGGCUUACAAGAGAAUGAAAAUGAAACAAACACUUACUGAGGCUACAUUGUUGGUUAAAAGAGAGAAUGUCUUUGCGAAGAAAAGUUUUUCGACAAAGGCGAAACUUGUUGAGAAGAGAAAAGAGAGUGAUAUUGUUGUUGAAAGUUCAACUGUUGGCAAUAAAGAUCCUGAAAUGUGGAUAAGUAUUGAUGGGAUUGUUUUGGUUCAUGUUAAGAAUUUGCAGUGGAAGUUUAGAGGGAACCAAACUGUUGUGGUUAAUAAACAACCUGUGCAUGUGUUUUGGGACGUUCAUGAUUGGUUCUUUAGUGUUUCUGGGUCUGGGCCUGGGCUUUUUAUCUUCAAGCCUGGGGUCCCAGAAGUUGAGAGUGAUAAAGAGGAAAGAGGUAUCGAAAGUUGUGAGAGUGAUGAUGGUAGUGCUACUAGUGGUUAUUAUUCGACUAAAAGUUAUACGCCUUUUGAGGCUUGUCUUGUACUUUGCGCCUAUAAGCUUGAGUAA